AUGCUUUCCAAUUCAGACAAAUGGGUUGUUGAGGAACUUGACCGGCGUCGUGCAAAACAGAAGUCAAUAGAUGACAAUCAGAAGGACAAGACUGCAGACAGUGCACGAUGGCCGGAGCAACACAGUACACUAGCAGAGAAGUAUGGUGUACAGUGGCCGCUCCAGCCCAGUGCAGAGCUUGCAGCUUCUGAGUGGUUCAACAUUCUCCCUCCAAGGGAGAAAGAGGUCUUGUGCUUUGUGGAGAUCAUGAGUCAGCAAAUCACGUCUUCAGAGGAGAAAAUCCAAUUUGUGGAUAUAUCACAAUCAGCCUCACGUUUGCCUACAUCCACCAAAGGUUCCAAGGUAACACCGACAAUUCUCCCUGGAUCAAAGCUCUGGCAUGUUGAACGCGGGAGGCUGCUACUAGGAAUCGAGAUGAUGUCUCUCCAAGGGCUACCGGCUGGACAAUUCAAAUGCAAUAUCCUGGAGACUCUGUCGCAAAAGCAGUGCGCAGAUAUGGCCGGCGACAUGUUCGCAACUCCUUGCAUCAUGGCCGUUGUCAUCUCUAUCCUUACUGCCAUUCGUUUCGAAACCGAAAGCGAGGCAGAGGAGAUUCAACACGUUUCACGCUCUAUGCAACAGUGGUGUAAGAGCUGA